CGCGGGAGGCUCUGAGGAGCCCGGAGGGAGCCGGACACAAGGGACCAUGUACCGGGACCUGGAGGCGGCCAGCCCAGGGGCGCCCACCCGUGACGUCCUGCUGGUCUCUGCCAUCAUCACCAUCAGCCUUAGCGUCACUGUCGUCCUCUGCGGCCUCUGCCACUGGUGUCAGCGCAAACUGGGCAAACGCUACAAGAAUUCCCUGGAGACUGUGGGCACGCCAGACUCGGGGCGUGGGCGCAGCGAGAAGAAGGCAAUCAACGAUCUAGACAGAGACUUUUGGAAUAACAAUGAGAGCACAGUGCAGCAGAAAUGGAGCUCCUACCCUCCCAAGGAGUUUAUUCUAAACAUUUCACCCUACGCCCCUUAUGGCGACCCACGACUGUCCCUCAAUGGCACCCUCCUGUCGGGCGCCAAAGUGGCCGCUGCGGCGGCGGGGCUGGCGGUGGAGCGGGAAGGCCGGCUGGGGGAGAAGCCGGCGCCGGUGCCGCCACCCGGAGAGGACGCCUUGAGAAGCGGCGGGGCUGCCCCCAGCGAGCCGGGCAGCGGUGGCAAGGCGGGGAGAGGCCGCUGGCGGACAGUGCAGAGCCACCUGGCCGCAGGGAAGCUCAACUUGUCCAAUUUCGAGGACUCCACCCUGUCCACGGCCACUACCCUUGAGUCUAUCCCCAGCUCCACGGGAGAGCCGAAAUGCCAGCGACCCCGCACCCUGAUGCGGCAGCAGAGCCUGCAGCAGCCGCUGAGCCAGCACCAGCGGGGCCGGCAGCCCAGCCAGCCUACCACCAGCCAGAGCCUGGGCCAGCUGCAGGCCCACACGGCCUCGGUGCAGGGCUCCAACCCCCGGGCCUGUGGCCGGGGCCAGGCUCGGCAGGGCGCCUCGGCCGGCUCCAAGUACCGGUCGGCUGGCAGCCGCAGCCGCUCCAACCCGGGCAGCUGGGACCACGUGGUGGGGCAGAUUCGAAACCGAGGCUUGGACAUGAAGUCCUUCCUGGAAGGCCGGAUGGUGGUGCUAUCCUUGGUCUUAGGGCUUUCGGAACAGGAUGACUUUGCCAAUAUCCCUGACCUGCAAAACCCAGGAACCCAGCAGAACCAGAACGCUCAGGGGGACAAGAGGUUGCCCACAGGCGGGAAGGUGGUGAACACAGCUCCAGUGCCAGGCCAGACGCCCCACGAUGAAUCUGACCGCCGCACUGAGCCGCGCUCCUCCGUCUCAGACCUCGUCAACUCCCUCACCAGCGAGAUGCUCAUGCUGUCCCCAGGCUCCGAGGAGGACGAGGCCCACGAGGGCUGCAGCCGAGAGAACCUGGGCCGGAUCCAGUUCAGCGUCGGCUACAACUUCCAGGAGUCCACGCUCACCGUGAAGAUCAUGAAGGCCCAGGAGCUGCCAGCCAAGGACUUCAGCGGCACCAGUGACCCCUUUGUCAAGAUCUACCUGCUGCCAGACAAGAAGCACAAGCUGGAGACCAAGGUGAAGCGGAAGAACCUGAACCCCCACUGGAAUGAGACCUUCCUCUUUGAAGGUUUUCCCUACGAGAAGGUGGUACAGAGGAUCCUCUACCUCCAGGUCCUGGACUACGACCGUUUCAGCCGCAAUGACCCCAUUGGGGAGGUAUCCAUCCCCCUCAACAAGAUAGACCUGACCCAGAUGCAGACCUUCUGGAAGGAUCUGAAGCCAUGCAGCGAUGGGAGUGGGAGCCGAGGGGAGCUGCUUUUGUCUCUCUGCUACAACCCCUCUGCCAACUCCAUCAUCGUGAACAUCAUCAAAGCCCGGAACCUCAAAGCCAUGGACAUCGGGGGCACAUCAGACCCCUACGUGAAGGUGUGGCUCAUGUACAAAGACAAGCGGGUGGAGAAGAAGAAGACGGUGACGAUGAAGAGGAAUCUGAACCCCAUCUUCAACGAGUCCUUUGCCUUCGACAUCCCCACGGAGAAGCUGAGGGAGACGACCAUCAUCAUCACCGUCAUGGACAAGGACAAGCUCAGCCGCAAUGACGUCAUUGGCAAGAUCUACCUGUCCUGGAAGAGCGGGCCAGGGGAGGUGAAACACUGGAAGGACAUGAUUGCCCGUCCACGGCAGCCUGUGGCCCAGUGGCACCAGCUCAAGGCCUGAGCGGGGCCAGGAGAGGCCUAGGGGGCCGAGGGCCUGGGUCCCCAUCAAGCCCUCAUCACUUUAUGCACAACGCCCAGCCUGGCCCCGUUGCCGUGUGAGGGGAGGACCCUGAGGCUCGGCCUGGCAGUGGGGGGGUCCCAGGACUCGGCCCCAUUUCUAGGAAGUACCAGCCCUACCCCCUACCGGUCCAGCUAUGGGGGAGGGCUCCAGGAGCCAUUUUCCUGCUUUACCCCUUUCCUUCCUGACUUGCUGAUACUAAAGAAGUGGGGGGAGCCCAAGAGCCAAACUGGCAGAUCCCUCCAGAGGCCCGCCAGGUGGGCAUGGCCCGCCGUUUUCUUUGAGGCAGUGCCUGGAGUGGAGAGAGGCCUCCCCUACCUGCCCCCAUGUGGGCCCAGGAAAGGGAAGGUCGAGGCAUUUGGCCCCGGCCAGCAGAGGCCUGUCCCCAGGGCACUUUCAGGCGCCGGCUGGGCCCUGAAUGCCAAGGAGAGUAUAUAUAGCCCGCUCCGGGUCCUGGAGCCGGGGCGCUGUGUACUUGUGUUGUGUCCACCCAUGUGUGUGUGCGCGUGUGGGGGCCACUUGCUCCCUGUCCCCCUGGGGCUGCAGUGCUUGAAGGCUGUGCAGAGUGGACAUGGUUUUGUGAAGGCCAGGUGGGGCUGGAGCUGGGAGAGGGCAGGGCCAUAAAGCCAGGGGUGGA